GACACGAUAAUCACGCGUUUGUUACCCUCUUUGGUGGUGACAUCCGUUACGGUUCAUAGCUUCAACUCUCUUUCGACCACAUCAGCCGACGAGGGCGAAGUGACAAUGGAGGGCGUACGUAUCGAACCAUCAGAGGACUACCAAGAGUUCAUAGCUCGCCAAGUACAUGCCACCUUGUCACUCUUUGACCUCUCGCCAUCCAAAUUUCCGUUCGAUGAGAGACGCAUCACGAAGAUUCGAGAGCGCCGCAAGCAGCUCAAUGGAACGCUAUUCAUCGACUACAUGCUCGGCCAGGCGGGCAUUGUUGAGCCUACCAAAGUAUUCCCGCCGACCAAUCCGGAAGAACUAAAAUUCUUAAUUACGUCUGUUUUCAACGGUGAAUGGGGGCUCGCGCGAUCGGCAAACGUGAACGAAUGGAGUCAAGAUACAGCCACUUCAACGCGGGGGAAAGAUCUGACUGCGGGAAUUAAGAGGGCUUGUGUGAUCUACUACCUCCUCGCGUGGUGGGAGGGUAUGCCAAACCUCAGAUAUAGCGACCAACAAAGAAUCUCGAGUCAAUUUGUAGAGCUCACGCAUGCUUAUUUCCUCAUGGAUACUGGGAACACCGCUGAAGCGACAUCUCUGCUAUGCACACCUCUAAUUUCUCCAGAACCGAUCCUUUCCGAAAAAAUCUUUCAAACGCUAGCCCUUGCGACAGACGUAGACCCAAAUGUGCUCAUUUUACGUUAUGCUCGUAUGGCGAAACCGCCUCUCGCCAGCGAAACUGUAACAACACUUUUCGUCUCUGCUCUCGCAAAAGUCAACUUUGUAGAGGCAUGGAACCACCAGAGGACCUAUGAAGAAGAGUUAAGAAAGGACUUGUUGAAGGCCUUGCACCUCCUAUCCUCUGUGCCUUUCCAACCUCUAGAACGAGACUUUCUGCACGACUAUGCCCUAAAUCCUAUGCCACUUGGCCCCAAGACACCCCUCGAGAUGCACGA